AUGGCGUCCGCCGUGGCAGCAGACAGCAGAUCGACCUUCUCCAUCGAUCGGAUUCUGGGUCUGGAUCUGGAUCCAGCAGGAAACUGCCUGAACCUCCACCGGCCGUGGACAGAGAACAGAGGAAACAGCCUCUGCUUCAUCCAUCAGCAUCCUCAUCCUCAGCUGACACACAGACCAACAUCAAACUGGUACGCUGGACGCCGACCGCGCACCGCCUUCACCAACAGCCAGGUGAGCGUCCUGGAGACAGUGUUCCAGGUGAACUGUUACCCAGGGAUCCAGCUGAGGGAGCAGCUGGCUGUGAGACUGGACCUGGACGAGGACCGGAUCCAGAUCUGGUUUCAGAACCGGCGAGCCAAGCUGAGGCGUUCCCUCAGAGAGACCCGUCUGCGGCUGGUCCAGACGGCCGUGGCUGACCUGGGGGUCAUAGGUCAACUGAAGGUCAGUGACCAGGAGCUCGCCUCCCGCAUCCAGCUGCAGGAGCAGGAGGAGGGAUUGGAGGAGGAGUGA